AUGAUCAAUCAAUAGCUUUAAAAAUUGAUUAACAACACUUUUAUAACGAAAAAGAGAGUUUCUGCUGGGUCUUUCGGUGUAGUAUACUGCGGUCAAGACAUAAAUACUCGAGCCUUGGUAGCCAUAAAAAUUGACAAAUGCAAUAAGGAAGGCUCUAGUCUAGAGAGAGAGGCAGAAAUACUAAGAAGAUUGUAAAAAGUACCAUAGAUUCCAAAGUUGUAUUGGGCAGGAAAAGAAGGAGAUUCAAAUGUGCUUGUUAUAUAAUAUUUGGGGAGAGACUUAACCCAUUAUUUGAAAACCUUUCGUAAGUUUUCAUUACGAUGCGUACUAAAUAUAGCUGAACAAAUGAUCAACAUUCUUGAAAAUAUUCACAAAAACAAAGUGUUGCAUCGUGAUAUUAAACCUGAAAAUGUUCUUGUGGGAAAAGAAGAAGAAGAAAAUCUGCUUUAUAUAGUCGACUUUGGCAUCAGCAAAUUUUAUAAGGAUGAAAAUGAUUCACACAUUUCCUAUAGAGAGAACUAACCAUUUAUUGGAACUACAAGAUAUGCUAGCAUCAAUGCUCAUAAAGGAACAUCUUUAAGCAGAAAAGACGAUUUAGAAUCCUUAGGAUAUAUGCUGAUCUUCUUAUUAAAGGGUUAAUUACCCUGGUAAAAUUUGUAAUUCAUUGAUGAAGAAGAUAAAAUGCGUUAAGUUGGCUUAAUGAAGAUGAAAAUGGAAAUGACCGAACUCUGUAAAGGAAUUCCUCUAGAGUUUGGACGAUUCCUUGAAUACAUUCGAGGUUUACCAUUCAAAGCAGAGCCCAAUUACAAAUAUUGCUAAUCCCUUUUUAACAAAGUAUGCUAAGAACACAACUUUUAAUAAAAAGAUCUAAUCUUUGAUUGGGAAACCGGUCCUAAAUCCGAUAAGAAUGAUGAUAAAAGAAAAUAAACUAUUGAAGUUCAUUUGCCAAGUAGUUAAAAUAGUAAUUUAGUAAAUGAUAAACCCUCAUUAUUCAAGAAAUCAAAAGAAGAUGUCUCAUCUAAUAACAUUGGAGGCUCACUCCUCAAUUAUUCUCUUGAAUAAUUGGAGAUGAAUUCACUUCUCAAAACUCCAGAAUAAAGAAAAUCCAACUUAGCUCCUGAUAUUAAUAGAAGAAAGAACAGAAUGCAAUCUGUGAGUAGUUACAAUGAUUCUCAUUCUGAAUUGGAAAACAACGGAAGCAUAAUGUUAGGAAUUCAACCAAGCAUGAUAAGCAGAUUAAGCAAAUUAUCUUUUAAUUCAUUUUCUCGUGUUCGAGAUAGCAAAUUAAACCUAACCCUGACUCCAGAAUAUAGAAAACCUCCUAAAUAAGAAAAAAAAUUAACUAUUACCCCGAAUUCUUACAUAGAGUAAAUUUCUGGCUAAAAAAAGAAGUCGCUAAUUAAGAAUUCCAACUCACAGCAACAAUUGUCUUUGAAAAAGGAAGAAGUUGAGGAAACUAUUCGAGAUUUCUCUAAAAUGAAUGAAACUGAUGAAGGAAUAGAAUGUAAAUAUAUGCUUCUGAAAUAAGCAUCAGUAAAUGCUCGCUUCAAAAAGUCAAUUAACGGAUAAGCCAAAAUAUUGUAAAAAUAGUUUUGA